AUGGCCUCUAGUGGCACUCAACCUAUGGCAAUCGAGCCCGUAAUGACGGCCGAAGUGAUGGACCUAGAUUCGCCACCUGUCCGACAUCACGAUGGGAUUCCUCCAUCGCUCGAGCUGCGGCUCUACGUGUCGCAUUUCCUCUCCACGUGGAACUCCCGACUCUUUGAGUUCGGCGCCGUGCUCUUCCUGGCAUCGAUUUUCCGUGAUACGCUGCUACCCAUGUCCGUUUACGCGCUGGCCCGGAGCGGCGCUGCCAUUGUUUUUGGUCAGUCGAUUGGGUCUUGGAUUGACCGUGGCGAUCGCCUGGCGGUGGUGCGCAUAUCGAUCGUCGGCCAGCGGCUGGCGGUUGCUUUGAGCUGCGGCCUGUUCUGGGCUCUGGAAUUGCGGGGUCGUUGGCUGGACUCCCCCGAUCGUGGGGAUGGCCUCUUUGCCCUGACUGUGGUGCUGGCUUGCGUCGAAAAGCUGUGCGCCAUCAUGAACCUAGUGUCGGUCGAGAGGGAUUGGAUUGUCGUAAUCACCGAGGGAAAUGAAUCAACACGCCAAAUUUUGAACGCAAGGAUACGGAGGAUCGACCUCUUUUGCAAGCUAGUGGGACCACUGAUCAUUUCAGCAAUCGCUGGAGCAUCGACUCUUGUUGCCAUCUGGACCACCUUGGCCAUGAGCAUGCUGUCGGUGGCAGUGGAAUAUAUCUGCAUCGCUCAGGUUUACAAGCAUGUGCCAGCCCUCGCGGUUCAUCGAGAGGAUGCAGAUGCGCCUGCGCAAUCGGGAGUGACGACCUCUACCGGGACCGCUGCUUUGUCGUGGAUGAGAGGCAUGGCCUAUCGCGUCUUGCCCAUCGACUCGUUCCCGUUUUACUUCCGCCAUCCAGCCUUCCUGCCGUCCUUUUCCCUUGCGCUGCUCUAUCUGACUGUGCUUUCCUUCUCGGGCCAAAUGAUAACUUACCUGGUUUCGGUUGGCUACAGCUCCUUGCACGUCGGAGUGGCCCGCACCGUCAGCACCGUGUUUGAGCUGAGCGCCACGUGGAUUGCGCCUCGCCUGAUGAAGCGGAUCGGCAUCGUCAGAGGAGGUAUUUGGAGUCUCUGCUGGCAAAUGGCCUGGCUCGCCGCCGCUGUAGCAUGGUUUUUUGCCGAUGCUUCUGGCAAGGGCACCGGCGGUCUAUCCUCUGCGACGGGGCUUGUCGUCACCGUUGCCCUCAGUCGCAUCGGACUCUGGGGCUAUGAUUUGUGCGCGCAAAAUAUUAUCCAGGAUGAGGUCGAGUCGGAACAUCGCGGGACUUUCUCCACCGUCGAGGCGUCGUUCCAGAAUCUAUUCGAACUCCUUUCGUAUGCGUCCACGAUUGUAUUUUCCCGACCGGAUCAGUUCCGAUGGCCCAUGGUCAUUAGUGUCGUGGCCGUGUAUGCUGCGGGUGGCUUAUAUACGGCCUUUGUGCGGCGGCGACGUGGACACCUUUUUCAUGCGCCGCCGUGUAUGGGAGACAAAAAGAGACCGAUUAUUAGACGGGAGGAAAGUACGUUUAGCUGA